AUGAAAAUCUCACUUGCUCUCUCUGCUCUUGCCUUACUUGCUUGCCCUGCCGCAGCGGUCGACUUUGAUCCAACAGCAGACUGUGCGGAGCCCAGAACCGCCUGGUGGAACCUGUGCACCCGAUCUGCCUCCAACUGCUGCCACUACUCAGCCGAAAAGGCCAAUGCAACCUGUCCGAUGUCUCGUGCAAGACAUUAUUUCUAUCUAGGACGGUGCAGGACGCUCUACGAGGUCAGCGCACUACCCUACAACAAAACCGACUGCCAUGGAUUGUCAUUGGAAAACGUCACCCACGACUGCAGUCCUGGUCACUUUCUCGCCAAGGGCCUUUCUCGCCAAGGAUGGCUCUCUUUGGAUAUGUAUUUUGCCGAAUAUGAGACUGUACCUCCCGACACUGGUUGA